UCUCGCCGAUAAUUUGUGUACUGGAGUCGCGUUCGAUCACUUCGAUCGGUUCGUCGAUACUCUCACUGGUAAAGACACUCUCCACGACACUGUCGGGAUAAUUUACCAAAAUAUACCUAGUGACGCAAAUUUUACCGCUCCAACCGACGCUUCUGUACAAAGUGAUGAUACUGCAGCCGCGUCAACAGAUGAAACGCCGCGAGGUCGAAAAAGAAGAAGAUGUUUCGACGCUAUCGUCAACGAAAUCGUACCUUACACGAAAAAACCAAAAAUCGAUUCCUACUUCUCAACUCCCAGUAUCGGUCAAAUCUCAAUCAAACCUGAAGUUUUUAAGACGUGGAGGAACCUUGAUCUUGCUUGGCUUUUUUCACACAAACUGGACAUUCCCGAUACCCCUAUGUGGACUGGGUUUAAUAGCCUCAUAACUGAAGACACCUCUGCUUUGCAGAAAGUAUCGUAUUUGACGCCUAUCAAUGCAUCUCCUACAGAUAAUUCCGUAGUGCACCUCACUUUGAAAAUGGCUCAACAAGUAGCUGAAGAAUGCAGUUCGGAAUACAUGCAAGUGACGUACGAUUUAGCUAUUGCAAGAAUUGCAUUCGGAAUUCAGUCCCAGGAAGCGCCGAAAUUCGACAACGUUUUCAUACAUCUCGGCGGAUUUCAUAUAAUGAUGUCAUACUUCAAAGUUAUCGGCUCUUUCAUUGAGGAUUGCGGUAUUACCAAUAUUCUGGUGGACAGUGAAGUUUUGGCGAAUGGUUCAUUGAAGGGUUUCAUUUCAGGUACAAAUUUCAAUCGAUGCAAAAGACUACAUCCCCUUGUAUCGCUCGCGUUUCAAAAACUGCAUUUCGAUACCUUCGUCGACCGUGAAAAAAUUGUCAUCGAGAAAUCAAUUGAAGAUUAUUUGUUUCAAUUACAAAAGCAACGUUCAACGACGCCUACAAUAGAACACGAAGCAACUCUCGAAUUGUUCGAGAAGUAUGACAACUUUACCGAACAAACAUUGCAAGGAAAGCAUGGACUAACUGCUCAGUUUUACACCGUUUACAUCCGAUUAGUGUCCUAUUAUGACAUGCUGAACAAGAGUAUUAGAACCGGAGAUCUGAAAAUGUAUGUUUACAUUCUUGCAAAAAUCACAAACUUUUUCUUCGCUUUCAAUCACCAAAAUUAUUCUCGUUGGCUGGUAUAUUAUGUCAGCAAGCUGUGCAGCAUCGACGAAACCCAUCCAGGACUGCGUUUCUCAUUAGAACAAGGAUCAUUCGGAGUACGAAGAACGGAGAAAUCUUUUUCCAGAAUACCUGUUGACCUGACUUUGGAACAAACGAUUAACGGCGAAGCAGCUCGGAGGCUAAUCGGAAUUAUUCACAUGACAAAUUCGGUGGCUGCAAGGCAACGUUGGGCAAUAAAUCACAGUGCUCGAGCUCGAAUAAUAUCACAUGUGCUGAAAACCGCUGGAAUCGCCAAGAAUCAGGAUAUCUCCUCGGAACUGAAGAGUUCUCGCAUUCGAAAGAGUCACCAGCAAGUUGAGAAAUUCACAAGGACUUUACAACAAUACAUGAAUCCUUUCGACAAUUCGUUAGACGCUGAUAAGUUGUACAACAUCACAACUGGAGAAGCUGCUGCACAAAAUACCACUGACUUUCUGCUCAACGUCGAAUCUCGAGGAGAAACUUUGCGCGAUAAUUUCAUAACCGAGGUAAAAGAGAGACAUGCACGUUUUCAAGAACCAAUAAAAAAGAAUCCAGUCUUCACAUUCAGCACGGUAAAGAAAAAGAAAAAAGUUGUACUCGGUGGCAAGGUUCAAGAAUUGAGGCUACAAAGAGACUUAUUUGGGCGGCUUUUAGCUUUGUCCUUGGAAAAAAAAAUAAGUAUCGAAAAAGUGUUGUGUUACCCGAUAACCCCAAUGCCGCUAUCACUUUGUCACAUGGACGGUACAAUAAAUAAAACCGACAAAUCAGCAUUGAUGCGAGACCUUGAAAAAAAAAUCGAGAGCACGGAGCCAGAGUUUACAGAUGUUUUGAUUAUCGAUGGGUUCUUUUUACUGCACACCUUAAAAGACAUACCACGAACAUUUGGAGAUAUCUCGAAAAAAAUUUUGCACAUUUUGUGCAAACAUAAUGUUGAGAGGAUCGAUCUGAUAUUCGACAGGUAUUUCUGCCCGUCGAUCAAGGACACGGAGCAUGGAUUGCGAGAAAACGUAAAAUCGGCCGAUUUUCGAAUCUCAGGACCGCAACAAGUUCGACCUUCCGAUUUCGCUAAAGAAUUGAAAAACAUCAAAUUCAAAGAUGCUCUGGUCAAAUUUAUUAUCAACAAUUGGUCAGAACAAGACAUGGCGCACAUAAUCGCAAACAAAAUCAUCAACAUCAAUCACGACAUGUGUUAUGAAUAUUCGGUGAAAGGUGGUUUUGUUAUCCAAACAAUCAACGAAGAUCUAACUUGCCAAGAACACGAAGAGGCAGAUACGAAGAUCGUUUACCAUGUCUGCCAAAUGAAACAACGGGGUCAAGUAACGAUUCGAUGUUCAGACACCGAUAUAUUAAUAAUAAUGCUCGGAAAUAUGGAAUUUGUAGAAAGUGUCGUCCAAAUUUCUAUGGAUGUUGGUGUUGGCAAUUCCCGGCGUUACAUUGAUGUUUCACGUUUAUACGAGACAUUGGGAUCCACUCUGGCAAAAUCUUUACCUGCUUUCCAUGCAAUGACCGGCUGCGAUUAUAAUCCCGCGUUAUAUCGCAAGGGUAAAAAAAGACCAUUGACGAUGUUGAAAAAUUCGAAACGCUAUCAAGAAGCUUUCGGUGAUUUGGGCAGCUAUACUUCUGAUAGUGACAAGGUAUUCCCCGUUUUGGAAGAAUUCACGUGCAGAUUGUACAACGAAAAAAAAAUUAAUAACGUCGAUUUAGCUCGACUCAACAUUUUUUCGAAGACAUAUAAAAUUAAAAACGACGAUGCUUCGACAACUCUGAAUCUCCAGUUAUCCAAUUACGACGCCUGCAAUCUGCCACCAUGCAAAACGGAAUUGGAGAAACAUUUAUUACGAACAAAAUAUAUUGCACAAGUCUGGAGCAACGCUCAUAAAAAAACGCCAACCGAACUGAACCCUGCAGAUUGCGGAUGGUAUGAAGACGAGGGACGAUUUCAGUUUUCGUGGUUCUCCGGCAACCAACUACCUGAGUUGAGCGACGUUAUUUUGGACGACAUAUCAUCAUCCACAACAGAAGAUGACGUUGAAGAUCUCCCGAGCGACGUCGAAAGUGAUUUCGAAGACGACGAUUCCGAAUCCGACAGCGAUUGAAUACGAGAAUAUUUUAUAACUUUGAAUAAACCGUUUUUUUUUCAACUUCAUCCCAGUUUCCUUUUGUGCGAUUUAUUUCAGUCCUUCAACUUCAAUGUUACGGUUUCGGGUAAAUUCUUUGUUAAUUAUCAUCUAAUAAAUUCAGGGUCGCAACGUAUUCAUUGGUUUGUAACAGAGAAUUCAA